CUGCAUGACCAAAGGUAAAGAUGUAGAGGCUCUCAACAUGGCUUGCACUGGAGUUCUAGGACUCUCAAACAGCUAUGCCCAAGCUACAAGAGAAGCCACCAGUGUCAUAGACACAGCUGAUAAUGAGGAAAUGGAAAGUCUGCGGUCCAAACUCGUGUCCUUGACACCCUUGCUAGUUCAGACAGCGCAGGAAACAGCCAUGAGUUCAGCCAGGGGCACAGAUAGCAUUUAUAAGCACAGUACGCAAUUCUCAGACCUCAUAAAAAAUGCCCGUAAGAUUCUGCUGCCAGUGGCUGGGAUGUGGUACCAUGCUGUAUACUCCAUGUUCCAAAACUAUGUACCAAAUAUGCUGGAGUCCAUCACACAGGAACUCACCGAGGUCAUGUGUUUAUGUGCAGAUGCCGUGCAACUUGUGACAUCAGCAGAUAUAAAGUUGAUGGGUGGGUGUCAUGAGAGUAUAGGGUCUUUGCAGAGCAAGCUCCAAAAAGCUCAAACCAACACAAAGAAUCUCACGGACAUAGUGGGUUCAAGACCGACUCGAACUGAUGAGAUUGAUGGUCUCUGCAUGCUUUGGGCCUUGUCUGUCCAAGUCCUGUUGAACUCAUUGGAUAAGAUGUUGGGAACAGCUACAACUGAUGGUAAGGGCCACCUAAUUACACAUCAAAUGACACCCAAGAAAUGGUUGGCAGUAAUGUCCGAGAACUCGCUUCGUAUACAAGAAGCCGCAAGAUUGUCUUCUCUGAACUGUCGAGACAGCUAUAAAGUAAAACUUCUAGGAGAGCUACAAGAAGACGUGAAGACUCUUACGGACUCCUACCUACAGGCUGCUGAAGGAGUUAGUACGGUGUCCCUCUCAAGUGUCCUGAUUCUGGCGAAGUCAGAGCUGCUUCAGAGACAGCUUCAGACUAAAAUGAAAGCACUGUCUUGUCUUUUGAGCAAAGUUAACCAAGAUUAUCAGACAGCCAUUCAAAAUACGAUUGCUUUGGCAUGCUCGGUCCAAGCAAAAGAUAGUGACACGGAAACUGAAGAUAAACUGGCGCAAUUUGAAAGUGCUGCAGAAUUGCUUAUGCAGAAUGUUAAAAGCGCCACAGAGUCCAUCCAGGACUGUUUCAACUUCAUUAGAGACCCAAAGGAAAGGUCCAAUCUGAGAUUCAUCAAUGACCACUUGACAUUUCAGAUGUCAGACAUUGUGAGUAGAGCCAGAUUAAUAGCAGAGACGCAAACUCUCGGAGACACUCUCACUCUUGAUAUUCAAUCACAGUGCUGGUCAGCAAAGGCGCAUUACCUUGUUGAAGAACUCAGUAAAGUAGAUGGAAUUCUUGUGGUUACAAAGGAACAGAUCAAGUGUGCAUUGCAGGGCAAAGAGUCUAGUGGAUUUGUCAUGUCCCAAACACCAAUAAGUUUCACACAAAAGGCAACACUACAUCCUAUAUCCACAAGUACUCAAGGUCCUAUUAAAAGCAAACCGAGUACCAGUGUCCAACAUGUGUCCAAUCAGGAACCAAAUAAGGAAGAGACAUCCCAGAUGAGCCCAAGAGGUCCUGUGUUCACCUUAGUAGAUACAACUCUCUCUUACACAUCUCUCUUUCUGAAACGGGAGACUGAGAAGUGGGAUGACAAGGGUAACCAGAUUGUCAAGGUGACGAAAGAAAUGGCAGAUAAACUCUAUCACAUGGCCCAGUACCUAAAGAAGAAAGGGCCAAUCCAGACUAAAGAUGCUUUUGUAACAUCUGCAAAAGAUCUCAUCUCAAGUGGCCAGUCGAUCACCCGGUUUGUGCGUGUCAUAGCGGACCACUGUUUGGACAAGCAUUGUACAGAUGAGCUCUGUGUUAUUGCAGAGCAGAUUCUUACCAUUUCCAACCAACUUACUAUCAUUUCUAGGGGUGCAUGGUGUCUCUCCAGUGUUAAUGCAGUUACUCCUGGGUGCAAAUCAUCAGACGAGAUCCUGGUGAAGAACGCACAGAAUCUACUCCAGACAGUUAUCCAAGGAGUACGAGCUGCAGAGACUGCUUGCAUCAGGGGUUUGAAACAACCUGAGCCAAACUCUGAAGCAGCGAAGGCAGCAGCGUUCUGUUUCCAGUGGAAAAAGAGUCUCCUUAUCCACCGAGCUCAAGAACAGCUCAACCCUGAAACUGAUGAUUUGGGCCUACGUAGGACUUCCCAGCAUUCAGCGGCUCCCAGCCUCGCUCCACCCAUCAAUGUGUUAGAUAAUUACAAAUGAGUAAACACAAAAUAAAGGGUCUUAAUUUUUGCCCAACUUUUGUUUUUAUUCUGUUGUUAUUGUAUAGUGGGAAACAGUCAAUGAGCUCUAUCACUUUCAUUUAUAAUUUUUUUUAGCCUUUCACACCAAUGUAAAAAAAAAAAAAAAAGCACAAGAGACUGCACACAAUGUGCUUUAUGACAAUUUUCUCAAAAAUAUUUAAUCAGAGGCCAUAAAAAUAACACUAAUACGUGAGCAAUGCAUGCCUAAAAUGUGCACAAUGCAAAUACAUUUUCAAUAUCACAUCAUCAUAGUCAAAAUUGCAUGACUGAUCACAUUUAUAAAUCAUUUACUGUAAUACUUCUAAAAAAAAAAAAAAAUGAACAUAUACAUGUAGAAGUUAAACAAAGUGUAGAAAAAGGACAUAUGAACUUAUAAAAUAUGAACUUGCAUUCCUAAUAUGCUAAAUAUAACAAAUACAAGCAUAUACUCCGAUCAGGCAUUACAUUAUGACCACCUUCCUAAUAUUGUGUUGGUCCCCCUUUUGCUGCUAAAACAGCAAAAUAUGAACUUGAAAAUAUGAAAUAUGAACCUGACCCGUCGAAGCAUGGACCCCUGAAGGUGUGCUGUGGUAUCUGACACCAAGAUGUUAGCAGCAGAUCCUUUAAGUCCUGUAAGUUGCGAGGUGGAGCCUCCAUGGAUCGGACUUGUUUGUUCAGCACAUCCCACAGAUGCUCCAUUGGAUUGAGAUCUGGGGAAUUUGGAGGUCAAGUCAACACCUCAAACUCGUUGUUCUGAUCGGUGUAUGCGUUCAAUAAUUUUGAGGAUUUUAAUCUUACAUUAGCAAUGUCUUUUUUUGUGUUCUUUUUCAACAUUGCCUAAUUUUUUAUAUUGAAAGUCUGAAUCACACAUUUUUGGUGACAGACUACAGCAAGCAUGGUAAAUGAUUUAGAAGUGCAGGUAUGCAAUUUGUACUGAGCAUUUUUAUUUCAUGGCAUCUGAAUAAACAUUUUUAAUUUUUAUCUCAAAAUUAACUAUAAAGCAAAACGAAUAAAAUCCAUUAGGCAGAAGGCUUCAACAAUGACUGAAGUCAACACUGGCAUCAGAAUCACAAUUCAUUUUUAUUUGACACAAUGAAUUUUAAAAAAAAAAGAG